UCUGAAUUGAUAUUCAUAGCCGCGUGUCAUUCCAAAAAUGCGCGAAUGGCAUCAUUUGGCCCAGCCAAAAAGUAAAGACCCCUGUGAUAUAAGCUGGCCACAAUGGGCAUAAAAAGCUCCGUGGCCAGUGUACCCGAGCUUUAGUCCCGUUAGUCGCACCAUCAGCUGACCUGAGCAACAACAACCUGUGCGGAGAAACAAAGUUUCGCGCUAAAAAUACCCAAAGUUCAUGGUCAACGUCUUGGGCGGAGCGGGCUGAUUGAAUCCCUGAUAUUGGCAUCCCGACAUGGCCCUGAUUCGCUGCUGCUUCGAGCCACCGGAGCUGCCUGAGUUCUUCGACAGCUUUGUGCAGAAGUGCACGGAUCCCAGUUGCUGCUGCGGAUGCUGCUCGGCGCUCAGGCCGCGCUACAAGCGCUUGGUGGAUAACAUCUUCCCGGUUAACCCGGAGGACGGGUUGGUCAAGUCGAACAUGGAGAAGCUCACCUUCUACUCCCUGAGCUCGCCGGACAAGCUGGACCGGAUUGGAGAGUACCUGUACCAAAAGGCCACCAAGGAUAUUAACCGAAAGCGCUACAAACUAGCCGAGAUUGCCAUGGAGGCCAUGGACCUGCUUCUUCAGGCUUGUCAUGCCCAGACCACACUCAACUUGUUUGUAGAGUCCUUCCUACGGAUGGUGCAGAAGCUCCUAGAAGACUCAAACCCCAACCUCAAGAUAAUGGCCACCAAUUCGUUUGUGAAGUUCGCCAACAUCAACGAGGAUACACCAUCUUACCAUCGACGAUAUGACUUUUUCAUCUCGAAGUUCUCUUCGAUGUGCCACAGCGAUGCGGCUAGCAUGCGAGACAGUCUACGUCUGGCGGGAAUCAAGGGCUUGCAGGGCGUUAUCCGGAAAACAGUGUCCGACGAUCUUGUGGAGAACAUCUGGGAGGCGGAGCACAUGGAAAAAAUUGUGCCCUCGCUGCUUUUCAAUAUGCAGUCCGGGGAUCUAACGCCCGUAGAGGACGCCACCAAUGUCACGCCACCGGCCUUGGCCGAGGAGGUUCUCCGCGAGCUGGUGGGACGCGCCUCCUUCGGACACAUUCGCAGUGUGCUAAAGCCGCUGCUGACCCACUUGGACCGACAUGAGCUGUGGGUGCCCAACACAUUUGCCAUUCACACAUUCCGCAUCGUGAUGAUCUCCAUACAGCCGCAGUACUCGUAUACCGUGGUGGAGACUCUGAUGCAGCAUUUGGACAACAACUUUAAGUCCUCUCCGAAAACGCGCACUUCGCUCGCCGUUGUUCUAUCGAAGAUUAUAGCUAUUGCAGCGGGUGAGAGUGUCGGUCCCUCGGCCCUGGACAUCAUCAACAACCUGUUGACCCACCUGCGGACGAGUGUGAGCACUACCAGCGAGAUUACACCAGAGGAGUCACAAUACCAGGAGGCGCUCAUCAACGCGCUAGGCGAAUUUGCCAACCAUCAUCCCGACUACCAAAAGAUCGAGAUCAUGCUAUUUAUCAUGAACACCGUGCCGGACCUGUCCAAGAAGAGCAAGGGCGACCAAAUGCUGCAGAACAUUCUGCUUAAAUCACUGCUCAAGGUGGGCACGCAGUACAGCACCGUCUCCUUCGAAAAGGCAUUCCCUGCCUCCUUCCUGCAGCCGCUGCUUAAGAUGGCACGUGCUCCACACAAUCCCACGCGCAUGGUUGUGAUGCAAAUAUUGCAGGCCCUUCUAGAUCGCCAUCAGAAUGAGCAGGUGCUUAGCAGCGUGAGUGUAAAGCCAUACCCGGCACUCUCGCAAGAGCCGCCCUCGCGCUCGGACAUAAUUUUCACGCACAAAUACGGCGCCAACAUCAUGCAGGCGUUGAUCGACUCCAUGGCACUGUCGGAUCGGGUUGAUGCCCUGACCUCCAGUUUUAAUACCGCUGCUCUACUUAUCGUAGAAAUGUCCUGCAACGAAACCGUGCAAGAGUUCCUUCUGUUUAUUCUCGGAAUCCAGCAGGUAGCCAGCACAGUGGACACUCUGGGCAACGUGCACAAAUGUAGCCUGCAUGCCAUCUCAAUUGGCCUGCUAGUGCUCAUCUCGCGUGUUAGUGGAAUCAACAACCUUUUGGAAUAUGCUCAAAAAAUAGUGGACGCACGGCGUGAAGAGGCCAGCCACUUCCUUCCCCCACUGCUUGAGCCCAAGAAGCAAGCCGGAAAGACCUUUAACCUGGCUCUGCCGCACCUAGCCAUAGAUAAGUUGGCGCUAGGAGAGUGCUUACAGAACGCGGGCAUGGACGCCCAACGUCUCAAUACUGGUGCUCCCUACUCGCUUAACCAGACGGAUCACCCAGGACACCGCCACUCUUGGGUGGAGUCGGUAAGCAACCAGCUGACCCAGCGCAACAGCUCAGCGGAUCUGACGGUCUACAACGGCGAUGUGGACAGCGUUAGCAGCUCGCCAGGAGUGUGCAAAAAGCUUCUUGCGCCGGAGUUUAACUUCGAUGCCAUGAAGCGAGCUCUGGCAGAGCCAACUGAGGCCGCGAAGCGGGAGCAGCGCGAGCGCCAGAUGCAGAUAGUUCGCACAUUCCGCGAAGGCGAGUUCGACGAUCUUAUGAGACGCACAGAACCAAAGCACGAUCUCAUUCAGAACCGUCUUAACGAACUUUUUAACUCGCUAGCCGUGGAGCGUCAGAUCACGCAGAGCGACACGAAGUCCAGUCAGUUGCAAGCUUGCAAUGAGAAGCCCAUCUACGAGACGAACUUUCCGGAACUCUUUUACUAUUAAAA